AUGCGAAGGACUGCGAGUCAAAACAAUCUUGAGGAAUUCGAUCCUGAGCCUGAACGUACUUUCAAUCGGCACAGGAGAGAUUUGAAUUUAUUGCAGAACCCGCAGGCUGUCGCAGAAUUACUUGUGGUCAUGGCUAAUAAUCUACCGGCGAAAGUGAGAGAGGUUGUAGUGCCUCGUGUGGCGGAUGUCACUUCAAGCAUUGUCAAGCCCACCAUCGAAGGGCAUUUUGAGUUGAAGCAUCCUAUGAUUCAACUACUUCACUCUCGUGGGCAAUUCAUGGGAAUGUCACAUGAGGAUCCUCAGCAUCACAUCCAUACUUUUCUGCAGAUUGUCGAUACUUUUGCUACUGGAAGGGUCACUAAAGAAUAUGAGCGACUAACACUGUUCCCCUUCUCUCUAUUGGGGAAUGAAAGUAACUGCUUAUUAGCAGAGCCCGCCAAUUCUAUCACUACGUGGGAUGACUUGGCGACGAAAUUCUUGACAAGGUUCUUUCCACCAGCAAAGACUGCUCGCCUCCGAAGGGAGAUCAUGUCAUUCAGGCAGAAAAAUGGAGAAAAUUUGUAUCAAGCCUGGGAGAGGUUUAAGGGUAUUCUUAGAGAUUGUCUGCACCACCAUCAGACGAAUGAAGUUCUGGCACACACAUUUAUUGAGAGUCUGGAUACCCAACAUAAGUCAUCACUAGACACUGCUGCAGGAGGGCAGUCUCUUGAUCUAAGCUAUGAAGAACUAUUCACAUUAUUAAACAGGUUUACUCAGAGCACUCCAGACUGGCGGGAUGAUGCAGUGCAGCAAGCCAUAACGUUUUGUGAUGUCUGCGGAGAGGGUCACAACAGUGAUGAAUGCCCUGCAAAUCCCGCAUCCAUAUACUUUGUGGGUAAUGCAGGAAAGGAGCAAGGAAACAACACUCAAUACGGAAAUUCCUACAACCCAAAUUGGAGGAACGACCCGAAUUUCAGGUGGAGUGACAACUCAGGUAAUCAGAAGCAGAACUAUCAGUUAGCACCUGCUCCUCAAGCUCCCACAAACAGUAUCGAAGAGAUGAUGAAAAAGAUGAUGGGUGACAUGCAGAAGAUGAUGAUAGACCAGCAGAAGUUGAUAGCAGAUAAUCAGAAUAGCGAUUUGGCUGAAGUGACUUCAAAGAAAACUGGUCGAGUAGAGGCUGAAAAAGAGAAGAUUGCCACAGAAACAAGUGAAAAAAAGAAGGCAGUCGAGGCACCAGUGGCAAAGCAGCCACAUGCCGUGGUUGCAAAGCCACCGCCUCCAUUCCCUCAACGUCUGGGUAUUCCAAAGUAUGCUAAGUACAUCAAAGAUAUUGUUGCAAACAAGAGCCGUUUCACAGAGUAUGCCACGGUUGCACUUACUGAGGAGUGCACUUCUCGUAUUCAGAACAAGUUUCCCACAAAAUUGAAGAAUCCCAGAAGUUUCACUAUUGAGAUUUCUAUUAGGACACAGGUUGUUGCUCGAGCACUUUGUUACCUAGGUGCAAGUAUAAAUCUGAUGCCUUCGUCUAUCUUCCGGAAGCUAGGUUUGGGAGUGCCCAGACCAACCACUAUAGUUCUUCAGCUGGCAGACAGAUCGUUAGCAAGACCCGAAGGCAUUAUUGAAGAUGUAUUGGUACAAGUAGGGUCGUUGAUAAUUCCUGCUGACUUUAUGAUAUUGGAUUUCGAGCCAGAGCCGGAAGUCCCAUUUAUUUUAGGGCGUCCGUUCUUAGCCACAGGGAGAUCACUUAUUGAUGUAGCUGCUGGGCAGCUUACCAUGCGAGUACAUGAUAAAGUAGAGGUCUUCAAUGUAUACCAAGCUCUGAAGAUGCCUGCAAUCUAUAAGGAGUUGUCCGCCAUUACUGUUCUGAAUGAUGAUACACGAAGGCUACUCAUCACUUCUCAUGAUCCAUUGGAGAAAGCCUUGGUGGGUGAUGAUAUUUUUGGUGACACGGCGGUGUUUGAGAUAGUGUAG